AUGCAUUCCCGACUCUACUCUCAACAGCCGACGUAUGCCCAACAGCCGACUUACGCCCAACAGCCGAAUUACGCCCAAUACGCCCAACAGCCGACUUACGCCCAACAACCGACUUAUGCGCAGCAGCCGACUUACACGCCAAACCAGUACCUGCAGCCACAAGCGUAUCCAUCUCCAUAUCCCGCACAGAACCAGUACAUCGCAUCUACUCCCAACGUGAACACGAACGCGGCCAUGCCCACCACAUACUAUCUCGCCCCACCGUCGACCGAUCACCACCGCUCGCGCUCCCAUUCGCGCUCCCACUCCGGCCACUACGAGCAGCCCGUGGUUUACGCGCCCAGUUCGACGCAUCGUAGCUCCUCUAGACACGACCACAGCCACAGUUAUGGUGGCCAUCCUACCGCAUACGCGUCCAGCUCUCCCGGUCACUCGAACACAGAGUAUUACGAUGGUGGCAACAGCGGUCGCAGGCGUCAUCACAGUAUCAGCGCCGGGCACGGCGGCGCGUACUACCCGUCGAAUGCUCCUGUCUACACCGCGCCCAGCACCCACCGACACCGCUCUCAGUCGAGGUCGCGCCAUCAUUCGCCGCAGGUCAUCGAUCUUCGUCAGCGCACCUAUGGUGAUGGCUCGCGGCACCACCGCCAUUCGCAUUCCGCCGACCCUACCGUCGGCGAGCGGCUUCGCAGCUUCUUCAGCAUUGGGCCGCACACUCCAUACACGAGCCGUCGCACGGAGUAUGUUGAUGCGCGCACCGGUCGCCCCGUCGACCGCCAGGGUAAUCCGAUGUAUAAGUACUGA